AUUCCAUCCAUCUCACCACCCAUCUCCUCCUCACCUCCCCCUCCCAGACACCAGGCGUAAGAGCCAGCCACAUGAGGAGGGAAUCUUGAGGUCACAGAUAGACUGAUCCUGCUGCUGUUCUUUGGUGGUUUUCUGUGCUGUAAGUUGAGCUGCGGGCAAGAAUUCUUUGCUGCGCGAGGCAAUGGCGUCCACUUCGGGCUCCCCGGCGGUGGAGGAGACGAGGAAUGAGCGGAAGCGGAAGCGUGGCGCGACGGGGGAGUCGGAGGGGCCGGAGGCGCAGCCUUCCAAGUGGCGGACGCGGCGGGUGCACGAGAUCUACUCGUCGAAGCUCCUCGAUGCCAUCCGCCUCGUGCGUUCCGGGUCUCCCUCGGCCGCUUCGGCGGCGGCCCCGCCGCGCAGCAGGGCCGUGCGCGAGGCGGCCGACCGCGCGCUCGCCGUCUCGGCGCGGGGGCGGACGCGCUGGAGCCGCGCCAUCCUCGCGUCCCACCACCGCCGCAUUCAGGCCGCGCGUCGUGCGCGCCUCCGCGAGCCCACCUCCCCGCCAUCGCGCCACCCGUCCUCGCCGUGCGCUAAGGGGCCGAAGGCCCCAGCGCUGGCGAGGAAGGCCAAGGUGCUCGGGCGGCUGGUGCCCGGCUGCCGCAAGCUCCCAUUCCCGGCGCUCCUCGCCGAGGCCUCCGACUACAUCGCCGCGCUCGAGAUGCAGGUGCGCGCUAUGACCGCGCUCGCCGAGGUCCUCUCCACUGUCUCCGCCUCCACCUCAGCAGCCUCAGACUCCUCCGGCGGCUCCUCUUCGCCGGCGUGACCCCAAGCCUCAAGAUUCGUGCAUUCGUUGUAAAUUUGUUUUUUUUUCCUUCCAUUUUUUCCUUGGGAUUAGUUAGCCUCGAGCUGUCUGCUCUCUAGUUUGUCCUCUUCUUUUUCAAUGAGCUGGGUGAGCGGUUAUGGCGGCGGCGGCGGUGGUGGUGGUGAUGGCAUUCCGGUGAUUAACUCGUGCUGUAAUGCAGUAGGCCACACACUUUGUUUUGUUAUCUUCUUUCUCCUCAGGAUUCUUUUGUAGGAUGCCUCGUUUGUUCUUCUUCGAAUCUCUGAUAAAUGCACCAUGAAUUGUUCA